UGACAGUUUAGUUAGCCGAUUAGCUAUGAAGCUAACGCGGAAACAGGUUCUCGCGAAGGCGAAGGCCUCCGACCUGGAGAGCGUGAAGAAGCUGAACUGCUGGGGAUGCAACCUGACUGAUAUUUCCAUCUUCUCUCAAAUGGCCAACAUCGAGGUGCUGACACUCAGUGUGAACAGCAUCUCGUCUCUCGCUCCUCUGUCCGGCUGUCUGUCCCUGUGUGAGCUCUACCUGAGGAGGAACAACGUCCCCUCGCUCUCUGAGCUCUCUCACCUGCGUCCUCUGACUCGACUCAGAGUGCUCUGGUUGGCGGAGAACCCCUGCUGUGGCACCGACUCCAGCCGGUAUCGCCUCACUGUGCUGCGCUGCCUGCCUCGCCUGCAGAAGCUCGACAACCAAGUGGUAGCAGAGGAUGAAAUCGCACUUGCUCUCAUGGAGGGUGAAGAGGUCACCACCCCUCCAGGCAGCGUCCAAAACCAACUUUCCACCAACGGACUUCCAGACGCAGAGACGGAGAACGACCCGCUGAACUACAACAUGGAGGAGACAAACAAAAUCAGGGAGGAGUUGGGGAUGAAACUUCUCUCCAGAGACAAGUUCCCGUCUCUUUCUUCUCCGUCGACCAGAGAAAACAAACUAACACUGAAAAAGACACACACUCUGGAUGCAGUUCUGCUGCUGCUGAAGGAUUUGGAUGAAGAGGAGCUCCACAUCGUUCACACAGCGACUCAAAACAGACUCCAGAUGUACACACUCCACUCGGAAACGCUAACGGAUUCACUGCAGACACAGAAAACAGCCAACGUCCAACACUGAAAGGUUUCACAGCAUGCACUCAGGGCCAGAACUCAUCUUUCCAUAUUUAAAGGCUAAAUUUGGUAUUUUUUUAACAUGGAAUCAGGCUGCAAACACUUGGGGCAUGUUUGCACCGUCAACUUCGGUCCACUAAAAGCGCUCGUUUUUGUCACUGACUGACUCAGAUUAUUAUUUUAAGUGUUUGACAACAUUAUAAAAAGGAUCCCGUACAAAGAUUAACUUUGUGUUUGAACUGAAACUGCCCCAAAAUCACCAAACCCAAACCCACCAGACUCCAUAUAAAUAAAUGGUGAAUUUAUCAUCAUAUCAGUCAAUUAGACUUCAUGAGUUUAGCACUUUUCAUUCAAACAAACUAACACAAAGUGCUUCAUUCCCCUCUACACACACAAGCAUGUGACUAAAAACACAGAAAACUACACAUAGAAAGAUGAAAAUAAGGCUGUUUUGCUGACCGUAACGCUCUCGCACAAAACCGGAACAACUGCAAAAAGUGUCGUCUCCAUUAGUCAGACACAAAAACACGAGACGGUGUGGUCCAGAUAAACAAAACCUCAUUCUUGAGGAUCACAAACAGGAUCCAAAAACAGCCCUCUGACACCCGCCACCCUCUGACGCGUUAUGCAUGGCACUUGAUGUUUUGCUUCUCUUCCUUCUGUUACAGUUUUCACACGUGAAUAACUUCCCCGCUCUCCUUUUUUAAAGCAGCAUGCCAACCUGCCUUCGACAAACGAAAGAAUGUAACGUUUUGCUAAAUGUAAAUAUAUUUCUGUAAUUAAAGAGAUGAAAU